GGUUUACAUCAAAACUGAUAAAAGUUGACAAUAUUGAGAACACUGACUACAGAUUUAUUAUUAUAGAAUAUUUUGAUGGAUUUAAUAUUAUAUCUGAUGUAUGGUAUAAAUUAAAUGAGAAAGAAAAGACAGAAUUGAAAGCAGAGGUUUUAGAUGCAGCUGGGUAUGAUGAGAAAGCAGAAUAUCUACAAUUCUUGAAUAUGAAAAUUAAUUGGUAUAGUGAUGCACAACAGCUUGAUGAUCCUGAAUAA